AGGUGAGGUAGCGUUUUAUGAACGAGAGGGAGUUUCUUAUCGUGGCCGCCUUCGCAGCGUGGCGUUUUUUUUCGCGGAAAGUAUGGUUCGAGUUGUAGUAUUAUUCGUCUUCUUCGUUGUGGCUUUAGCUUCUGAAGGAACAAAGUGGAAAUACGGAGAAACUGGAGCUACAGGCUACGGUCCAAAGGACUGGUACAAGGUAUCAAAACACUGUAAAGAAAAAGCCCAGUCUCCCAUAAAUAUUGAAACCAGCUCGGCAAAGAAGGAUUCAAAUCUCAAAGGACUGAGCUUUACUUGCGAUAACAGAUACGGAUAUGUCAGUGGAAAGAUCGUCAACAAUGGACACGCUCCAACACUGAAUAUCGACAAGACCAAAGGAACAUGUCGACUUACUGGGGGUCCCUUGGGAAAUAGCAAAUACAAGCUGCAACAGCUUCAUUUUCAUUUUGGUUGUAAAGACGGCGAGGGAUCUGAACACACUGUGAACGGCAAAGCAUCUUCCGGAGAGCUUCAUUUGGUGACCUAUAACACGAAGUACCCCGAUUUUGCUACUGCUGCUGAUAAAACCGAUGGCUUGUCUGUUAUUGGUGUGUUCCUUCAGGGGGGUGAUGAUGACGAUGGUGACAGCAGUUAUUCGUUACGCAUGUUGGCCAUGUCAAUGUGGAGGAUAAGGAAGCCUGAUGCUGACUUUCCGGCUAUGGCGUAUUUGUACAACUUGGUACCCAAACUGAAAGAUCUGUCAGGAACAUCCUUUUACUCGUACAAGGGAUCUCUGACCACCCCUCCCUGCUACCAGUCAGUCAAUUGGAUUGUGCUCAAAAAGGCAAUUUCUGCUGGUGAACGAGAGCUGGGCGUUAUGAGAUGUCUCCACAAUCACGAGGAGCAGUCCAUGUGUGACAACUUCAGGCCACCUCAGCCGCUAAAUGGCCGUAAAGUCUCAAAAUACUCUGGAUAGCCGCACGUCUAGUCCGCACAGCUAAUUGAGAUUACAUCAAAGGUGCUAUAAUUGCGAUGUAGCGGUGAAAUAUAGGGGGAUCAUCGUGUGAAAAAGGUUUAAAAAGGGUUUAAUUUAACGAGUUGUGUGGGAAAUAAAAUGACUUUGCUCCAUGCCUUCGUCAUUGUGUUCUGAAUAUAGUCUAACUGCAGCACACUGGGUCAUAGAUAUAACGUGUCCGUUUACCUUCAACAAGGUUGCUGUUAUCACUCCCAGGGUGUACAUUUGUUUCGAAAUUAGAAGGAGGCAAGUUAUGAGAGACAAAUAUUAGUUUUAAAAUUCCCUUUGCACUGCUCAAUAUGUGAUAAUUUCUUCAAGUUUCGGAUUUCGUUUUCUCCUUUCCUCGUUGAAAAAAAGUUUUCUGCUUGAACCUACCAUGGUUUAAGCAAUUAAGAAAACUUAAAGGUGAAAAAUAUAUUCUCGGUCAAUUUAUGCUAUUAAUUGCAUUAAAAGCGAUUAAAAAAUAAAAUUGAUCUUAUCAAACACUUUGUCCAAAAAACUGAAUGUUCGGGAACCUUCUGUUACCUUCGUCAGAGA